AUGUCCUCUUGCAACAGAUCCAUUCCUCAGCCUUUGAUAUUUGUUCUGGCUGGAAUUCCUGGCUUGGAAUCUUUCCAUGGCUGGUUUUCUUUGCCUUUUUUCUUGGCAUUUGUCAUUACAAUCAUUGGCAAUGUCACCAUCUUAUGUAUCAUCCGUGUGGAAAAAAGUCUUCAUGAACCUAUGUUUCUUCUCCUGGCCAUGUUAUCUGUUGUUGACCUGUCCCUGGUCAGUGUCACAGUGCCCCGCAUGCUGGCUAUCUUCUGGAUGAAUGCCAAAGAGAUCAGCUUUAAUGCCUGCCUCACACAGAUGUUUUUCAUCCCUUCCUUUUAUGUCAUGGAGUCUGGAAUCCUUCUGGCCAUGGCUUUUGAUAGAUUUGUAGCUAUCUGGUACCCUCUGAGAUACACAACCAUCCUCGCUAACAACAUGCUGGUGAAGAUGGGACUGGCUAUCCUGGUGAGGGCAGUGGCAAUCCUGACCCCAGCUCCCAUCCUGACAAGAAGCCUGGAAAGUUUCCGAACUCAAGUCAUUGCUUACUCCUACUGCGCCUUCAUGGCAGUGGUGCAGAUAGCCUGUGGCGACAUCUCUGAGCACAUUAUCUAUGGUCUCAUAGUUAUUGUAUUGUCUGUGGGCUUUGAUUUGUUUUUUAUCAUUUUGUCCUAUGGGCUGAUCCUUCACGCUGUCUUUCGGAUACCCUCUUGGGAGGCACGAGCCAAAGCUCUCAGCACGUGUGGCUCUCAUAUUUGUGUCAUUGCUCUCUUUUAUUCUCCUGUUGUCUUCUCUGUCCUGGCACAGAUCUUAGGCUACCAGCUGGCUCCCCAUUUGCAGAUCAUCAUUGAUAAUCUCUACUUCCUGGUGCCUCCCAUGGUCAACCCCUUGAUUUAUGCAGCACGGACCAAGCAAAUGCGGGAGUGGGUGUUUCGGCUCCUCCACUGUCGUAUAUGCUAA